AUGGCGUCCUUCCAAUGGGCAGUUCCGACGGGCAAGGGCGCGCGGCGCGUGGCGCGGUCGAUGACGUCGUUCGGUGGUGGUCGCGGCGGGAUGCAACAAGAGACCUUCGACGCGUUCGAGGCGUCCGACGCCGGCGCAGAAGCGUUCACAAUGCGCCAGGACGAGGAGGAGCUCGAGGUCACAAUACCCGUCGACGAGGCGACGGCGAAGAAGGACGUCAGCGUCAAGUUCGCGGCGCGGCGCCUGCGCGUCGCCGUCGCCGGCAAGGGGGUGGUCAUCGACUCGGGGCUGAAGGGCCGCGUCGUCCCCGACGGCUGCAGCUGGUCGUUCGGGAAGACCAAGGGCGCCAAGGCGCUCAUCCUCACGCUGGAGAAGCGCGACGGCGACACGUGGGCCAAGCUCCUCGCGAAGACGCCGCCGGCGCCCGCCGACGCCGCGGCCUUCCUGCGCUGGCCCCCGGAGGACCGUGCGUACUGGAAACAGAACGAGGACGACGAUUCGGCCUGGCGGGCCUACUCCGAGGCGACGGACGGGCCGCUCUGCGCGUACGGCGUGGGGGCCCUCGCGAUGCGCGCCGUCUACACGACGUGGCGGCGCGUCGUCGACGCGGUCGCGUCCCCGGGCCUCUUCGACGAGGCCGAGCUCGCCCUCGCGCGGCGCUGGUGCUACAUGCCGAAGCGCCACUCCAUGGACACGGGCCGAGGCCUCGAGAAGACGCUCGUCGCCGCCGCGGGCGGUCCGUUCCAGCACGGCGAUUGGGAGACGCCGUACCCGCUUCCGGACCGCUGCGACGACUCGUGCGUGAUCCUCGAGACGCGCGUCCGGCCCGUCUGCCGCGCGGCGAUGAUGGACUACGUCCUGAACUGGAUCGUCCAGACCAUGUGUACCGUGGCGGGCGCCGCGCCGGACGCGGACAGUGGCCCGCCGAAGGAAUUCAUGGACGCGUGGUUCGACAAGGGCAACGAGCUCAAGGGCGCCGGGGACGACGACAUGCUUUACGUCGAAGUGCCCGGCUGGGUCAUGGACCUCGCGCUCACGCACCACGUCUCGUCCGGCGUCCCGCGGCCGCGACAAUUUUCGAGAGAUGUUGACCGGGAAGAAUCGUCACCGAUGCAUCCGGUAGGUCUCGUCGCGGUGUUCGGGAAGCAAGGGCUACGAGGCGGCGAUCUACUGCUCUCACGCGGACGACGACGAGGACAUCGGUCGGGCCUGGACCGAGGCGUUCCUGAAGGUCCGCCGCGCCGCUUUUUCGAAAGUCGGCGUCGAAGAGGAUCCCGACUAUCCGCUCAAGCUCGCCAAAGAACAGCCGAAGCUCGUCGAGGCGCUCAUUCAGGCCAAAUCCGACGCGCCUCCGUGUCUCGACGCCGCCGGUAUCAAUAA